UUUCUGGAGUCACGGUGGCAGUGGCAUUUGAAACAUGGCAGACGUCAUUGAUUGUAAUUUUCCUGUUUGGGGCCUUCUGCCUAAAAAAGAAACUGGUGUCACUCAAUUUCGUACCAAAUAUCCGGAAUAUGACGGCCGAGGAGUCAUCAUUGCAUUUUUCGAUUCAGGAGUCGAUCCUGGGGCUCCUGGUAUGCAGGUAACUACAGAUGGAAAACCAAAAAUCAUUGAACGAUAUGACUGUAGUGGAGCUGGAGAUGUAGAUACCAGCAAAGUUGUACAAGCACCCGAUGGAUAUAUAAUUGGUGUCACUGGACGUAAAUUAAAGGUUCCAGCCAAUUGGCGAAAUCCUACUGGAGAAUAUCACAUUGGAGUAAAAAAUUUAUAUUCAUUAUAUCCAGGAAAAUUAAAAGAAAGAGUAUUAUUAGAACGGAAAAAACGUCUAUGGGACAGUUGUCAAAAAUCUGCACUUGCAGAAGCAUCUAGGGAACUACAAGAAUUUGAAGCAAAGAAUCCACAGUUAACGACUUUAGAAGAAAGGCUAAAAAAAGAAGAACUUGAGGCAAGAGUUGAAGUACUAAAUAAUAUUGAGAAAAAAUAUUCUGAUGUAGGACCUACUUAUGACUGUGUUGUAUUUCAUGAUGGUGAUGUUUGGAGAGCGUGUAUCGAUACUUCCGAGGAAGGCAACCUGGGAGCUGGUGUAUGCUUGGGAGAAUACACCUCGACAAAGCAAUAUGCGCCUCUUUUACCGGAAGAUCAACUAAAUAUUAGUAUUAAUGUACAUGAUGCUGGAAAUACAUUAGAAAUUGUUAGCUUUUGCUCAAGUCACGGUACACAUGUAGCUUCAAUCGCAGCAGCAAAUUUUCCUGAUAACCCAGAAUUAAAUGGAGUAGCUCCUGGUGCACAAAUUAUUUCACUGACCAUCGGAGAUGGCCGCAUUGGCACAAUGGAGACAGGAACUGCAGUAGUACGGGCAAUGAUACACAUAAUGAAACAUAAAGAAAAAGUACAUGUCAUAAAUAUGAGUUACGGGGAACACGCGCAUUGGUCAAAUACCGGACGAAUAGGAGAAUUAAUGAACGAAGUUAUCGAUAAGUAUGGUGUAACGUGGGUGGCAUCUGCUGGUAACCUUGGACCAGCUUUAUGUACUAUUGGAACGCCGCCAGAUAUCAGUUCCAGCAGUAUCAUUAGCGUCGGUGCUUAUGUUUCUCCUGACAUGAUGGUAGCCGAAUAUUCGUUAAGGGAAAAAAUGGCAGGUAUGCCAUAUACUUGGUCAUCUAGGGGUCCGAUGAUCGACGGAGGAGCCGGUGUCACCGUAUGUGCUCCGGGAGGGGCUAUAACCAGUGUUCCCAAUUUUACACUAAGAAAAAGUCAGCUUAUGAAUGGUACAAGUAUGGCUAGUCCACAUGUGACUGGAGCUGUUGCUGUACUUAUAUCGGGACUUCUUGCCAAAGGCUGCCCUUAUUCUCCAUAUAAUAUAAAAAGAUCUCUCGAAAACACAGCGUUCUACAUACCAAAACUAGAUCCUUUUGCACAAGGUUCAGGAUUGUUGCAAGUUGAACGUGCAUUUGAUAAUCUUAUUACGUACAAUAACGUUCCCGAAAGGGAUGUAAGAUUUUCAAUUAGUUGUGGUGCAAAUAACUUGAAAGGGAUUCAUAUGAGAAGUGGUAUCAUUAACCGGCCAAAAGAUUAUGCCAUUACCGUUGAGCCUGUAUUUCUUAAUACCGAAAAUACUGAUCCGGCACUCAAAAUUGCUUUCAAUUUAAAAUUAACUUUGGUAUGUGAUGCAUCUUGGGUUCAAUUUCCAACUCAUCUAGACUUAAUGCACAUGGCUCGCGCAUUCGCUAUCAGAGUCGAUGCUACUAAUUUACCCGAAGGUGUUCAUGCAACUAGUGUUAGAGCUUAUGAUGUAACAGAUAUUGGAAAAGGACCAGUGUUCCAAAUACCAAUUACUGUAGUGCAACCACAAACGCUGCCAAAAACUGCAAUCCUUCCAGAUUUGACGUUUACGAACGUUUUAUUUAAACCCAAUACAAUUUACCGCCAUUUCAUUCUUGUUCCAGAAGAUGCAACCUGGGCAGUUAUCAGAUUGAAAAGCACGGAGAAGGAAAAAGUUGGCAGAUUUGUGAUUCAUUCUAUUCAGUUGAAACCUCGUUUAGCUUGCAAGACUCUCGAAGUUAAUAAAAUGAUUAACGUCACUUCUCAAUCUGAGACUGUUCAACCAUUUUCUGUCCAGGGAGGAUUGAUCUUGGAAGUGGUUAUUGCAAAGUAUUGGGCAAGUUUAGGCGAUAUGUUGAUCGAUUAUUCUAUAGAAUUUCAUGGUAUCCAUAUGAUAAAUGGUAAUCUCACGAUGCAAUCUGGCGAUGGAAUAAAUCGUUUGGAAUUGCGAAGUUCGCUUAGAAACGAGGAAGUAGUGCCCAGUGUUUCUCUCAAGUCAUCUGUGCAAAUUUUAAAACCCACUGAUGCUAAGAUCGCUCCUUUACGGGAACGAGAUAUAAUUCCACCAUCGCGACAGGUUUAUGAAUUACAGUUAACGUACACGUUCCACUCAGCAAAAGCAACCGAAGUAACUCCGAAUGCAGCAUUGCUCAGUGACUUAUUGUAUGAAAGUGAAUAUGAGAGUCAAAUGUGGAUGAUCUACGACAGCAACAAACAACUCGUAUCUUGUGGGGAUGCAUAUCCAUCUAAGUAUACUAUCCAAAAAUUAGAAAAAGGUGAUUACACUUUGAAAAUGCAUGUACGACACGAGAAGAAAGACUUACUGGAUAGGUUAACAGACAUGCCAUUACUUCUAAGUCAAAAGUUAAGUAAUCCGAUUAGUUUGGACGUGUACGUCAGUCAAUCGCAAGCUAUUAUUGGCGGAAAAAAAAUGGUAGCAGCUUCAAUUCCACCUGGACAUAUUCUUCCAUUGUAUAUCGCUCCUAUGUCCAAUGAAAGCAACACUGAAAAUAAAAUUUCCAAAGGUGCAACCUUGGGUAGUUACCUGCAGGGUACAUUAACUUUCUGCAAAGAUGAUAUUGGAAAGAAAGUUGAUUGCCACUCGUUUAAGUACAUUUUAUCAGAACCAACCAAAAAGAGUAGUAGUUCUGCUAAUAAACCAGACAAGGAAAAAACUACUAAAUGGGAUGAAUAUAACGAAGCGCUUAGAGAUUUGAAAUGCAAUUGGCUUGGAAAACUGGCACCUUCUACGAAACCUGGAGAAUACGCAAACUUAUUAUAUGGAGAAUUGAAAAAUCUAUUCUCGGAUCAUUUACCCGUUCAUACUGCCAUGCUGACUUCUUUGGAUUCUCCUGAAGCUCGACGUCAUGUGCCACAUGACGAUCUCUCAGAAAGCACUGUUUCUCUUGCAAACCAAAUAAUAACCGUCGCUGAUGCGGUAAUUACCAACAUAGAUCAAGAUAAAUUAUUGGCAUAUUAUGGUUUAAAGAAUGAUCAGCGUGCUGACGCCGCGAAAAUUAAAGCAACUAUGGAGAAACAGAAAAGUAGCUUGAUAGAAGCACUAGUAAAGAAAGGCUGUGCGUUAGCUCGAUUGUACGUACACAACAUGAAAAAGGGAGAAGGAGAUCGUGCGUCCUACGAACAUUUAUUAGAGAGUGUUACAAAUCAUUGGCAAGAAGUACAGAAAUUUGCUGAACCAACCGACAGCAAGGUCCUUAUUCUUUCACUGUGGCAUGCCCAUAUUAACAAUCAUAGCGGUCGUUAUUUGAAAUUACUGAUGCGUUAUUACGAAGAAAAACCAUUAAAAGAGAUUGACGAAAAAUGCAUAGAAAUUGCAAGGAACUUAGGAUGGGAACAUUUAUCAUGUCAUAUUACCUCAAGUAUACCAACACGUUAUCCUACUUCAUACAAAUCAUUUUGAUCAACGGUAUGAUAAAAAAUCAUGUCUGAUGUUUUGACGAGAGGAGAUCUAAUCGUGGAAAGCAGUUUCCAAUGCAGCUCUGUAAUAGCAGAGGUGUUUCUGUCGAGCCAUUCAGGUGUAUUAUACAUUUAGGAAUAUAUAAUUUUAUUCAUAUUACAAAAAAAAAACAAAAAAAAAAUAAGAAAAAGUGACUCUAGAAAAAUAUUUUAAUUUUUUAACAUAAGAAAAUAAAUCAUAUUCGUACCAAUGUAUAUAAUUUACUUUAUGGAAACCAUGGAACAGCAAACAAACAUUAUAAACAGUAACGUGAAAUAUGGUCUUCAACAAAUGAAAUCAUUUAUUAAUUUUUAUUCGCCAAGAAAAUGUGUGAUGAUAGGUGUACAUGUACUUGCACAAAGAAGACGUUAAAUUGCUUUAUCAAAAGUAUCAUUGUUUUAAUAUUGCAUUUUUAUGGCGUUUACCGCAUGGAAGAAGACAAAAGCAUCAGAGUAUCAUGGAAACUGUUAUCAAUUUAGAAAGUGAAUUUUGUUAAAUAACAAUGUGUUACUCAAAAGCAUUCAUUUUAACUAACACAAUGUAUAUCAUUCAAACUCAUCUAGGUUUUUCCAUUUUUACAAUAUAUUGAAUGUAAAUAUAUAUAUGUAUAUAUAUACACAUAUACAUAAAUAUAUUUACACGCGCGCGCAGACACACACACACACGCGUACACAUACGUGUAUUUUCUUCACAUCCACAGAAUGUACUUUAUUAUAUUAAAUUCUGUUAUUUAUAACUGUACACGCAAUUUAUAUCAGUAUAAAAUUUCUGUAAAAUGUGUUUUCGAUUUCUGUUAUCGAAUGAAUGCUUCAUCCAUCCUGUUUUACACUUUACACAAUAAGUGCUAUGUGGCACUUGUGUAUAUAAGGAAAUAAAUAAAUAGCUAGGUAGGACGCUCUUUAAAUUUUGCGAAUGCUGAAUAUAAACAAGUUUUGUUUUUUGAUGGAACUUUGUAACCAGAUAAAUUACUACAUAAUUAUUAGACUGUAACAAAUCAAUAUUAAUUGCACACAAUUACAACGUCGCGAGUGAAAUAUUGCGAUACUAAAAGGCAAGAUACAAAGGAUAAAAUUUGGUUUGAUU